UGAUUCGAUGUCGAAAAUUUAGUUCACAUUUUUGCCACUAGAGGGCCAAAAUCUUUGCAUGAUUUAGUUGCUUUUUCUGCCCCCAGAGGGCGCUGAUUCGAUGUCGAAAAUUUAGUUCACAUUUUUGCCACUAGAGGGCCAAAAUCUUUGCAUGAUUUAGUUCCUUUUUCUGUCCCCAGAGGGCGCUGGUUCGAGGUCGAUAAUUUAGUUCACAUUUUUGCCGCUAGAGGGCCAAAAUUUUUGCAUGAUUUAGUUCCUUUUUUUACCGCCAGGGGGCGCUAAGGAUGUAAAAGGAUGCAGUGAUGUAGUCAAUGAUUGUAUGCAAUUAGAAACAAUCUUAAUUUUUAAAUAAAUAAUAGAAAUUAUGACAUUUGCAGACUUAAACUUAAGCUCAUGGCUUAUUAAUCAGUGUAAUUUUAUGGGUUUAAAAAAUCCAACUCCAAUUCAGCAGAAUUGUAUCCCAAGAAUUUUAGCAGGUGAUGAUUGCAUUGGUUGCGCAAAAACUGGCAGUGGUAAAACGCUUGCCUUUGCACUUCCUAUAUUACAAAAGUUAUCUGAAGAUCCCUAUGGCAUUUAUGCACUCAUUUUAACACCAACCAGAGAACUUGCUUUCCAAAUUGCUGACCAAUUUUCAGCAAUAGGAAAAUCUAUUGGUUUAAAAAAAUGUGUAAUUGUCGGUGGUAUGGAUAUGGUCAUACAAGGUUUAGAGUUAUCAAAACAUCCACACAUAGUUGUUGCAACUCCAGGAAGAUUAGCUGAUCAUUUAACAAGCUGUGAUACAUUUACCCUAAAGAAAAUAAAAUUCUUAGUUUUAGAUGAAGCUGAUAGAUUAUUAGAAGGACAUUUUGAUGAGCAACUGAAAGUUAUAUUUGAUACAUUACCUAAACAAAAGCAAAUGCUUCUUUUUAGUGCAACAAUGACUGAUACCCUUGACAAAGUAAAAGAUAUAGUAUCUAAUAAGGCUUUCAUUUGGGAAUCUGAAGAUAUAUCCGGUGUGGCUACAGUAAAGGAACUUGAUCAACGUUAUGUACUCUGUCCAAGGGAUGUCCGCGAUUCUUUUCUGGUAGAAGCAAUAAGGACAUUUAGAGUAACAAACAAAGAUGGAUCUAUAAUGAUUUUUACAGACACCUGCAAGAACUGUCAAGUACUGUCUAUGAUGUUAAAUGAUGUUGGAUUUAAAAAUGUGGCUCUGCAUGCAAUGAUAAAACAAAAAGAUCGUCUUGCAGCACUUACUCAGUUUAAGUCAAACCAUAUAAAAAUUUUAAUAGCUACAGAUGUUGCAGCAAGAGGUUUAGAUAUCCCCACUGUUGAAUUAGUUGUAAAUCAUAUUAUACCAAAUGUACCGAAAGAGUACAUUCAUAGAGUUGGAAGAACAGCUAGAGCAGGUAAAGGAGGUAUGGCAGUUACCCUAAUAACACCAUCUGAUAUUAAAUUGCUACAUGCUGUCGAGGAUGCUAUUGGAACAAAAUUGACAGAAUAUAAAGUCAAUGAUAAGGAGAUAAUUACAAUCCUGACACAAAUAUCUGUUGCUAAACGAGAGGCGGAAAUGAAAUUAGACGAAACAGACUUUUAUGAAAAGAGAAUGAUUAAUAAACGUAAGAAGCUUAUUCUUGAAGGCAAAGAUCCUGAUGAAAUUGAAGAGAUUUUAGAAAAGAAAAAACGUUACAAAUCGAAAAAGAAAGACAUUGAUAAAAACGAAUAAGUAAAAUAUAAUUAGAUCUUAUUACUUUUGAAGAUGUACAUAUUACAAAGAUUGAUACCGUUUUCAACUAUUUUUAUAACUACAUAUCCAUACUUAUUAUAUAAAAGGCACGUAUUUGUAUCACAUACUGUGCAAUUCUGUACUCUAUAAAGAUUAAGAUAAUUGUAAAUAAGAAAUAAGUGUUGAUGCAUAUAAAUAUGAAAUUUAAAAAAAAGUAUAAUUAUAAUUCAUCCAUAUAUCUUUUCGAAUGAACACUUCAAUAAUUAUGUAAUUAUCAUGAAUUUGAAUUACUAUAUUUUUCAUCAUUG